AUGCAGUCAUUUUCGACCUUCUUGGUUGUCAUUGGGCUCAUCGCCGCCGGAGCUUCGGCGCAACUCGCCGCGUGGCCAGCGCAAAGCUACUCGCCGUUCUACCAAUCCCUAUUCGGCGCCGCUUCGACACCGGUGCUCUCGGCGCCGGUGGCUCGUACCGCUCCGUCAGCUGUGCCGCUGGCCGCGCCGGCUGUUCUCGCUGCUCCAGCUCCAGUCCUGGCUGCUCCCGCUUUCGCUGCGGCUCCACUCGCUGUGCCAGCUGCUCCAGUCCUUCGCGGUCCAGCGUACGCGUACGCGCCAUCGCCAGUACUCGCUCCAAUGCGUCCAGUGUUGGCGACCCCACGCCCGCUCCUCGCGGCUCCAGUUCUUGCUCCAGCUCUUGCUCCAGCUCCAGUGGUCGCCGCCGCCGCGCCAGCCCUCGUGCCAGCUUACGCGCCAUUCGCCAGAGCCGCCAUGUUCAUCGGAUCCAACAAGGCCAAAACCGCCUAA